AGAAAUGACAAUGGCAGAUGUUCCUACAUACUCAUUUCAGAGUUGUGUACUGUUAGUAUUAUAAUAAAUACGAUUUUUAAAGUUAAGUGCACGUGCAAAUUAUUGUUAUUAUACUUUUAUUACCCGAUGAAGUACUUAGAUGAAAUUCUGAUGGAUAUGAAGUUCUGUUUUUAAACUUUUUUCAUCGAAUUUGAAUGAUGGAUGAAUCGAAAGACAUUCCUCAAGUUGAGGAAAUAAAAUUUAAACCCAAAAAGAAGAAAAACCUUCGUCAAAGGAUAAAGGAUGAAGACGAAUCUGAUGAUGAAGAACUAAUUUUAUCUAAACUAGAAGAGGCUAAAGAGAUCCAGAAACUUCGAGAAAGGCCCAACGGAGUAAGUGUUGUCGCUUUAGCAACUGGUCAGGCUACCAUAUCUGAAGAAAUUACUUGUAAAGAUCCAUUUAGUGUUAAAUCUGGAGGCAUGAUUAACAUGCAAGCCCUUAAGAGUGGUAAAGUUAAACAAGUGGAAGAUGCAUAUGAUACAGGUAUUGGCACACAGUUCUCAGCAGAAACAAAUAAACGUGACGAAGACGAGGAAAUGAUGAAGUACAUAGAAGAACAAUUAGCAAAACGUAAAGAAGGAAGUGACUCAUCCAAAAAAGAAUCAGAUGACAGCGAGGUAUUAAAGUAUUUAGCUCCAGAAGAAGCUGCAUUACUAUCUUUACCAGAGCACUUACGGUCGUCCUCAAUGCACAGAUCGGAAGAAAUGCUUUCAAACCAAAUGCUGAGCGGAAUUCCAGAAGUUGAUCUGGGCAUAGAUGCGAAAAUAAAAAAUAUUGAGGCAACAGAAGAAGCAAAAAUGAAACUUUUAUGGGAGAAACAUAAUAAAAAGGAUGGCCCAUCACACUUUGUGCCAACCAAUAUGGCUGUAAACUUUGUUCAACAUAAUAGGUUCAAUUUGGAUAGUAUUCAUUCUAAGAAGAGGCCAGCUGAACGACCAAUACAGAAAGUCGAAGUCAGUGUUAUUGAUGAAAGUGUUAACAAAAUAGUUAAAAAGGCAAAAGGUGAAAGAGCCACUGAUGAUUAUCAUUAUGAGAGAUUUAGGAAACAAUUUCGAAGAUAUUGAAACAUUACAAAGCCUGCCGCCUAGUGGAGUUGGUGCUUCUUUGGUGAGUGGUUUUUCUUUUACUCCUUCAAUUCCUUGCUCAUCAAGUUAUUGCUGGUUGGGACUACACCUUGUUUUGAGCACCUCCUCCAAACCUCGGCUACAAUCGCACUGUUCCCUGCUUUAUAGUCAUCCAUCCAUCGUUUUGGGUUAGGUUCGCUAUUUUAAAUUGGGUGACCUUUUCAAUAAAAGGUCGCCAAUUUGCGGUCUUGAUUUUGAUCUGUUUUGUCCUAGCUUUUGACUGAUCUUCUAAUCCUUCUUUCCUUAGGGUGACGAUAAUGGGGUUGUGACCGAAGUUUGUUGCUUCAACCACACUGUUUGGCAGUCUGUUUCCGUUAUCGGUCUGGAAUUUUGACGACGUGCUACCGUUGAGUAGAUCCCACUGUUGUUCCGUUUGGACGCCCAUAGCAGUAUGUGGUUCGGCUCUGGCCAGCGCGUCCCACUUCUGCCUCACUGGACAAAUUGGGUCAAAAGCGUUGUGAUUGCUUCCCCCCAGUUUUUCAGCUUGGCAGUUCGGGCAUGCUGAUGCCGCUCCCUCAGUCCACUUUGGACAGUCCUUCUUGUGGUACUCUGCACAAUGGCUGGAUAUUUCGUCCUUCUCAGUGCAUAAUCUCUUAGUAUGCCCGUACCCGAGGCGCUGGGAACAUUGGACCAGUGGAGAUUGGUCCAAUACACAUAUCCUCUGUAUGUCUAUGUGUAUCUUUCCUUUCUUCACCAGUCGUUUCCACAGCGUCGGGGAGGCUCUUAAUACGAUAUGGUUCACAUGAGGGUUUCUGGUUUUUUUCCGGUAUUUUACUUCCAGGUUACUUUCCUCCUCACUUAAUCCUUGGAAGAUCUCCUGGUUUUGGUUCUUCAUAGCCCUCAGGACCUCCUCAUCAGAUUGCAUUGAGACUACGUGCUUAAGUAUCACCAAAGGGUCUUUAUUUUUCAUUUCAUUACUAUCAGUUUUCCACCAGCUUUACUGAUCCUUUGUUCGACUUCUUUUAUGUCCUUUUUAGUCUUGCAACCAAUUAUAAUCUUUCCGUCUUUGGCUUUCCUUACCCUUUCUAUUCUUACACCUCCUUCCUUGGCCUUUAUCACUUCUCGUGUCUUGUUGAGGACCUCUUUCCCUGUUUCAUGGACCUUACUGGAGGUGACCACCACCGAGUGCAGCGUGGUUCUCUCCGGGGAUUUCCCUCUUUAAUGACCUGCCGCAACUCCCGCGUAUGUGGUCCCCUCCAUUGCUUUCCUGUGUCCUUGGAUUACUUCCUUCAGGUCCUCCAUUUUGUUGUUGUUUUCUUGCACUAGUAUCAUAUGUACUUCCAUCUUUUUGAUGAGCUCUUUAUUCGCUCCAUUCAUGGAUGCCUGAGGGCUACGUGGGGACGGGGGAUGUAUAGGGCCCUAUCGUCCCUUCCCUAGUCGAUCUCCUCUUCGGCCCGACUUAAUAGCUCCUCUAACUCGAUAUUUAAGUUAAGAACUAUUUGGUAUAGCCCCUCUAUCGCCUUCGUUACUCCCUCUUUAAUCUCCGUCUUUAAGUUUCGGGAGAUAGCCAGGUGGGAUUUUGCGGCCUCGUAGUAUACUUCAGCCUCCUCUGCCGGGGUGGUAUAUUCUUGCACCCUCGGCGGAGGCGCCCUCGGUUCCACCUUUUGGCUAUCUCCUUUAGUUGUCCCUGUUUGACGGGAGGUUUCACUGCCUUUAUGAUUUUCUCCAUAGGGGUGAUCUUCUUUGCGGGGGGAGAGUGUUUGGCAAACAUCGUAGAGGGAUGCAUCUAGUCGUGUGUAUAAAUGUGUUUGUGUAUAUGUAAGUGUAUUGUUUGUAUCUCUGUGGUGUGUGUGUUCUUAUCCUACUUAUUUUUAUGUCAAAGUCGUGUAGUAAAAUUAAUUACUAUUUGUAAAAAUAUAAUUGUCAGUGUCAGUAAUUCUAAUUUCUGGGAGAUGUAAAGAGUCUCCCAGGUGUCAAUUUAUGAUUAUUUAAAUUUAGAUUGUUUAUUUUAAUUUCAGGUACAAUGGGUCGCAGCCCACAGGUCUUAAAUUCUAAGUUAUUCUAUUAUAUUUAUAAUUUGCAGAGUCCUAAAGUAAAGGAAUUAGC